AAUUCUGAAAUUUCUUAUUCUUCUUCUCACUUGCUUUUCAUAAAAAUGGCGAACGAAGAGGUGAUUCUGUUGGAUUUCUGGCCUAGUAUGUUUGGCAUGAGGCUGAGGAUUGCAUUAGCUGAAAAGGAAAUAAAGUAUGAGUACAAAGAAGAGGACUUGAGGAACAAAAGCCCUUUGCUUUUACAAAUGAAUCCUAUCCACAAGAAAAUCCCAGUGUUGAUUCACAAUGGAAAACCCAUUUGUGAGUCUAUUAUUGCAGUUGAGUACAUUGAAGAAGUUUGGAAAGACAAAGCCCCUAGUUUGCUCCCUUCUGAUCCUUAUGACAGAGCUCAAGCUAGGUUCUGGGCUGACUACAUUGACAAGAAGUUGUAUGAUUUUGGGAGGAAAUUAUGGGCAACAAAAGGAGAAGAGCAGGAGGCAGCUAAGAAAGAUUUCAUAGAAUGCCUUAAGGUGUUGGAGGGAGCACUAGGAGACAGGCCUUACUUUGGAGGGGAAAGUUUUGGGUUUGUGGAUAUUGCUCUGAUUGGAUUCUACAGCUGGUUUUAUGCCUAUGAGACUUUUGGCAACUUCAGCGCAGAGGCUGAGUGCCCAAAAUUUGUGGCUUGGGCCAAGAGGUGCAUGCAGAGGGAGAGUGUUGCUAAGUCUUUACCUGACCAACCUAAAGUCCUUGAGUUUGUAAAAGUUCUUAGGCAGAAGUUUGGACUUGAGUAAACGUAUGCAUAUUUAAUUAUGCACCAUAAUGUAUUAAAAGAAGGCAUUUCGUUGUGCCUUCUUGAGUUGAAGUUUCAGAUAUGAAGUUUGUUUGGUGGUAGUGUCAGUCAGUCUACUUUUAUGAGUAAUAUAAAUAAAAGACUCUUAGUUGUCAUGUUGAGUGUUGACUUAGUAGUCCGUGUAUGUAAUUCUGGAGGUUGUCCACUUUGUAAUCAGUUUUCCAUUUGCAUUAUCUGUAAUACCAAAAAAUGAUACAUACAUUUUGUUGA